UCGCACCGCCACCGAGACACCUCCGCCGCGGCACAGCGGGUGGGAGCGGCGGCCCGCACCUCCCCCCUGCCAAGCCCUGCUACCCCCUAUGGAGAGAAAGGUCCUUAAAGAGGGAAGAGAUGAACGGGGCGGUGAGGUGCUGGCGCGGCGUCGGGCGAGAGGGGGGGCGAGCAGAAGAGUGAUCAUGAAAGGUGUGUGGCUGGCAGCACUGCAGACAGAAGCUCAGCUCGUCCACAGAACAGUCUGGUAGAGAGGCACCAAUGAGGAACUUCCUGAAGUUUUAACCUCCACAUUCAUGUCAGUACUGCAUCAUGGCACAGCAAGGAAAUGUUGGUGAGCUCCUCUCAAUGCUGGAUUCUCCAAUUCUGGGUGUCCUGGAAGACAUAACAGCUGCAUUCAAGGAUAAUCUCAUCUGUGACCGUGGGCCUAUGCUGGUGAACAACCUGGUGGACUAUUACCUGGAAACCAACUCUCAGCAGGCACUGCAUAUCCUGUCCACGCUGCAGGAGCCUCAUGACAAGCAUCUACUGGACAAAAUUAAUGAAUAUAUGGGCAAAGCUGCUACUCGUUUACCCACCCUCUCUCUGCUGGGACACGUCAUUAGGCGACAACCAUCAUGGAAACAUAAACUUUCUCAAGCACCUCUCCUCCUUUCAUUGCUUAAAUGUCUCAAGACUGACACAGAUGUAGUAGUACUCACCACAGGUGUCCUAGUGCUAAUAACCAUGUUGCCAAUGAUUCCUCAGUCUGGCAAACAGUAUCUUCAUGAUUUCUUUGGUAUCUUUGGGCGUCUCUCAGCCUGGUGCUUGCAGAAUCCAGGUCAUGUGGCAGAGAUUUAUCUUGUCCAUCUCCAUGCCAGCGUUUAUGCUCUCUUCCAUCGUCUCUAUGGAAUGUAUCCUUGCAAUUUUGUCUCCUUUCUGCGUUCUCACUACAGUAUGAAGGAAAACUUGGAGACCUUUGAAGAGGUAGUCAAGCCAAUGAUGGAACACGUGCGAAUUCAUCCAGAAUUAGUGACUGGAUCUAAGGACCAUGAACUGGACCCACGAAGGUGGAAAAGACUAGAAACCCACGAUGUUGUGAUAGAAUGUGCCAAAAUCUCCUUGGACCCUGCAGAAGCCUCCUAUGAAGAUGGUUAUUACUCUGUGUCUCGGAAACUCUGCACAAGCUUAAAACAUCAUCAAACUGACUCCAGUGCCAGCUACUACAUUGACACACAGAGCAGCUAUGGAACUUCUACCCCAUACUCCACUCCUCGGCUAACACUAUCACAAAUGCCAGGGCAGCUACCUCAGAUUCUGAGCCCACGGUCGAUACGGCUGUCAACUGAGCCACAGCAGGUUACCAUCUGGAGUCCUUCUGCAGUUUGUGGUAUGACCACUCCACCAACCUCCCCUGGAAUUGUCCCAUCAGAUUCAUCCCAGUCUACAUCACAACCUUACAGCAAAGCCUUUGGCACAUCUGCAGGGGGCAAAGGAACACCUUUGGGAACGCCAGCCACGUCUCCUCCUCCGCCCUGCACCUCAGAUGACUUUGUGCAUGUGUCACUCUCUUCAGCUGCUGCCACGCCUCCUAAGAAGGAGGACAAACCAGAUCCUGGGAGGCCUUUACUGUACCGACAGCAAAAUGUCACAAACAGCGAUAAAUCAUUGGACACACCCGGUAGUAAAAGUUCAGUCACCUUAAGUGAUCUUCCAGAGUUUUUAGGUGGUUUGUCUUUCGAAGAUAGUGCUGAAAAGGACAGAGAGGAAGAUGCAAUAUCUAAAGAGAUCUCCGAGAUCACCACCGAUGCUGAACACAUGGUGCCUAGAGGAGGAUUUGACUCCCCGUUUUACCGCACAAAUGAAAGUCUGUCGGGCUCUCAAAAGAAGACCCAUUCGGUAGUCUCUGGUGUUCAGGGCCACAGUCAGACCUCUGAGCCUUUAACAUCUUCUCUGGACAAGUCUGGGCCUGAGAACGCGCGGGAAACACCCAAACAAACGUUUACUCCCAUCGACAAACCCUGCGGAGGCUCGGGAGAGAGCCCUGCUGGUAACAGGGAAGGAACUUCGGGGGAGACAAAUAUUCUCACUCCCAGCCCUUGCAAAGUACCAGCACAAAGGAGAGUGGUGGUUGGGAGUGGGCAGCCUCCCCUAUACGAGCACCUUUUUGAGGUUGCAUUACCAAAGACUGCCUACCUCUUUGUUGGCAAGAAGACUGAGGAGCUGCUAAAGAAAGCCAAGGGAAGCCAGGAGGAUGAUUUCAUGUCCUCUACUUCUCCUGUGGAAGUACUGGACAGGCUGAUACAGCAAGGAGCAGAUGCACACACUAAGGAGCUGAACAAAUUGUCUCUGCCAAGCAAAUCUGCUGACUGGACUCACUUUGGAGGUUCUCCCCCUUCAGAUGAGAUUCACACCCUGCGGAACCAGCUGCUGCUGCUGCACAACCAGUUACUGUACGAGCGCUUCAAGAGGCAGCAGCACGCCCUGCGCAACCGCCGCCUGCUGCGCAAGGUCAUCAAAGCAACGGCCCUGGAGGAGCACAAUGCUGCCAUGAAGGAUCAGCUAAAGCUACAGGAAAAAGAAAUCCAGGCCUUGAAACUGAGUCUGCAGAAAGAACAGGCAAGGUACCACCAGUUUCAGGAGGAACAUGAAAAUAUAGUGGCUCAGCUUCACAGCCAGAUCAGACAGCUGCAGCACGACCGGGAGGAAUUCUACAACCAGAGCCAGGAAUUGCAGACCAAGCUGGAAGACUGCAGGACUAUGAUUGCAGACCUGAGGUUAGAAUUAAAGAAGGCUAACAACAAGGUGUGUCACACUGAACUGCUGCUCAGCCAAGUGUCUCAAAAGCUUUCCAACAGUGAAUCGGUGCAACAGCAGAUGGAGUUCUUGAACAGGCAGCUUCUGGUUCUUGGGGAGGUCAAUGAGUUGUACCUGGAGCAGCUGCAGCACAAGCACACAGACACUACAAAGGAGGUUGAAAUGUUGCACGCUGCUUUCCGGAAAGAACUGGAGAAAGCAAAGCUCUGUGUUCAACAGCAAAGCCAAAGGCUUGAUGCUUCCCAGAAAAGGAUAGCUGAACUGGAAUCUCAGCUUGCUAAAAAGGACCACCUCUUCCUGGAGCAAAAGAAAUACCUGGAAGAUGUCAAAAUUCAAGCAAGAGGUCAGCUGCAAGCAGUGGAGAGUAGGUACAAGGCCCAGAAGAGAAUCACACAGGCAUUUGAGCUGGAGAUCUUGGAUCUGUUUGGCCGGCUGGAGAAGAGCAGCCUACUGAAAAAACUUGAAGAUGAUAAAACAGAAGCAGCUGAAGCAGCAGAAGAAAGGCUGGAUUGUGGUAACGAAGAUGCUGUGGUGGGAUACAGUGAAGAAACAAUUGGUAGAAAUGGCGAGACCAAACCUGCCAGCACUCGAGGCAGCAGUAGCAGUAAGGGGGGCAGCAGCAGCGAGCUCUCCACCCCAGAAAAACCCCAGAACCAGAGGUUCAGCAGUCGCUGGGAGACAUCCGUGUUGCUGGAGCCCUCGACUGCUGUCCCACUGACUGUAGGUUCACUCCCCAGCUCCAAGAGCUUCCUUGGAAUGAAGGCACGAGAGUUAUUUCGCAACAAGAGUGAGAGCCAGUGUGACGAGGAGGGUGUCACCAUCAACAGGCUUUCUGAUGCCCUAAAGACUGAACUCUCCAGAGAUCCCAGCAUGGAGACGAAGGCCCCUCCGAGCCCUGAUAACCUUAGCCUCUCGCCUAAGAUCCAGGAAAGCAGUGUUGGACAGCUUCAUAUCAUGGACUACAAUGAAACUCAUCAUGACCACAGUUAAAAAGGAAGAUAGUCAAUCAGUGUUAUUUUCAUAUUCUUGGCAUAGAACAGGGGGUGUGAAUGCAAGUUUAACUAAAAGCUUUUCUGUUUCUUUGGUCUGAGCAGCUGGCUCGUGCAGCGGAGUAGGAUCCAUGUCCAGGAGGCUGCUGAACGAAUGCAAAGUGGAUUUUGGGGGUCUGGAAUUGAAAUGCCCAACCUAACUUUUGCUUCUUUCUCAAACUCAGUCCUUAGCAGCGUGUACUAACCUGAAGGGACAGCUGUUAGCAUUUGCAAGGUUUUCUUCUUGGGUUUUUUUUCCCCUCCCUCCCCUUUCUCCCCACCCCCAGUGGAGUGGCUGCGUUUAUGAACUUGAGUGCAAUAUGAGGCCAAAUUAACAUUUGUGAGUCUCCUUUGAAUGCUUUGUUAUUUCCUUGCAAGCUUCCACUUUAGAGCAGUGAAUUGUGCUGCCUGGUCUGGGUGACUUUGGGUGCUCUCAUCCUGGAAAGAAGCAGCACUAGGAUUUCUAGUGCGUUCGUCUGAAGGUCUCUCUUUUGCCUGUCCCACAUCCCUCAGAGCCCAGGCUUCACUGAGGUGGACUCUGAAUACCUAAACCUUUAAAGGAGAGUGUACCUCUGCAAAAUGAUCCCCUUCACCCUAUUUCAUCAUCAUUGUUUAUAUUGUCCUUAACAUUUCCUGGGAAGUUCCAGUUGAGCAGACUGUGAGGCACUGGAGCUUGUAAUGCAGAAGAGCCCAUGGGUGCUGAAGCCUUCUUACAGCACGAGCUUCUGAUGGCGAUUGCCUGGCAGGCUGCUGCUGACCUCAGACUGCUUCCUGUGGGGAAGCAAUUGGGAUGGGAGAAGAGAGGGAAGGGGAAGCUUGACUUGAGUAGGGAGAGCAUGCAGGGCCUUUGUGUGGAGUUGCAAGCUUAUGAAGCUUUGCAGAGGAGCAUUUGCUUUUCUCAUCAGGGAGAUACCUGUGCUGCCUGACCCUCCCUCCUUGUCCUGAUUCUUUGGUUCCUGCUCUGAGCAAGAACAGAGUCCAAGAAAUUGGCUUCAUUCUUCCUGGGGAUAAGUUUUCAGGCUUGACUUACAGAAUGUGGUUUCCUUUGAGUGCUGUUUUGUUCAGGCUGCAGCAGGGUUUUCAGCUCAGCAAUGUCAGUUUGGCUCUAAGUAUCUUUUCUUACCCUCACCCUGCUUCCUUAGCAGAUAAGGCUGAGGAAGAAGCCUGCUCAAGCUCUGAACUCUGCCACGAAGCCUUUCUGUGUUGAUCAUGUUUUAAGUCAACAAUGAACCUUCUGUGAAAGGAGGAUUGUGGGCUCAAGGCUUGUCAGUGGUCAGACUCCAUCUCUUGUGUGAGAGAGAAGGGCCUGCUGCUGGGCAGGCAGCAAGCUUGUUCCAAGUGUUGGGUAUGUGUGGGGCUGGGGGUGCUCAGGCGUAUCAGGCUUCACAGUGUCCUGCAUCGUGCAUGGCCUCAAACCUGCAGUGGGUGGCAGCUGCUGUUGAAGAAUUGUCUCAGAUACAAAUCAAGUCCAAGUACACUUUGCAGCACAGAUCCCUCCUUAACCUGACCGGGGCAGGAGUCUGUCAGAGCAGCUGGCAGUACGCUAAUGUGUGCCUGAUGGGACCUGUCCUCUCCUUUCCACCCCUCCCGAGGGUCUAAAUACAUUUCUGCCUCUCAGAAUUCUCCUCAGUGUCCCUUUGGUUGGUCAGUUCCUAACUCUGGAAGUAAAGGUGAACUUCAGUGGUUUUGUCCAAGCUUGAAUCUGCAUGGCAUAGAAAAUAGCAAGUUGGUUGUAAGUGACAGGCUGGUUUUGUCGACAUGUCCCUAGGCUUUCUAAGACGUAGCAGUAGCAGACGUGGUAGAGAGUAUGUUUUGGUGAGAUUUGGAGGUUUCCUGCCCCUUGCCCCCCACCAGGUCCCAGCCCCAGGAGUUGGAAUUGUUUGCACAUUGCUCUUGAAGGCUUGGCUCAGCCUUUGGUUGGGCUGGAGGAGCUCCUUCACCUCUCACCCUUCAGCUUCUUGAGUUGCUAACUGAGGAGAGGAGGAUAUUUUCCUGGUCAGCGCUUCCUUGGUGGCUACCACAGAGCUUGAUGCUAAAGUGACUUUUGGGCUGGGCUUUUGGCUUGGUUUGUUUUGUUCUUUUCCAAAAGGAUUUUAGCACCAGGAUUAAGUAACAAAAACCACUUUAGCUUUGGUUAUGGACCACAAAGAUUAUUAGAGGAACAAAUUUUGCCAUUCUCUCUUUUUUUUUUUUUGUCUUAAGUCUAAAAACUUCUGGAUCUGCUUUCUGUAGUUAACUUUGCAGUUUGUCUGAGGGGGAGGGUGUCCCAUCAGCGAAAUGGAAACAGAUUGAAUGUCUCCUUUCUUUUUCUGUUGGUUUUAAAACUGACUGCUUUUAGUUAAACCUCAAAUUGCUGUCUUUCUUUUUUUUUUGGUCAAGUUAACCUGUUCCCUGCCUCGCUCUUCGUAAGCAUGUUUAAAACAAUCCACGUUAAGAUGCCAUAAAUAUGAAGUCCGAGGAAAUGGUACAAUCUUAAGCUAAAGAGAACUUUAAACCAAAAGGAAGUUUUGCUCUCCUUUAUUAGAAUGUUCUAAAAUGUCAAGGCAGUUGCUUGUGUUUAACUGUGAACAAAUAAAAUGUAUUGUUUUGCACUA